AUGCUUAAGGAGAAAGAGGUGAGAAACAUGCAGAAGAAAUUUUUAUUUUUGUGGCUGAUGAUCUUAUUAGCAUCAUUAGCUGAUUCUGCUGAACUUACAUGCGAAUGGGAUGGAGAAGUAUGCAUAUUAUCUAGAAUAUCACCAGUAACACAGCCAAAUGAAGCCAUUACAAUUGCUGGAAAACCUACAAAUUACAUUAACACUGCUCCAAAUUAUUUUUCCUUCUACAUGACGAGAUUUAACAUGAAUUACAUUCCGACGAAGUUAUUUACAGUUUUUCCAAAAGUCAUUGGUUUUGUAAUGGCUAGUUCUUCACCAAAAACAACUUUAGAGACAAAUUCUAUAGUAAAUUGUGAUUAUUUGACAGCUUUGUCGUUUAUUGGCAUAAACAUUUUGAAUGUUCCUGAAGGAUUUGCUCAAACAUGUUCGAAAAUUGUUAAACUUCAAUUUAAUAUGGCUGGAAUUGAUUCAAUAGACAAGAAUGCAUUUAAAGGAUUGAUUAGUGUCGAAAAUUUGUUAAUGCUGUACAAUAGAAUUAAUUGCUUACCACCUGACUUGUUUCAAACGGUUCCAAAUUUAAAGACUCUUGAGCUACGAAAUAACAGGAUAUUUGCAAUCGAUAGUGGCUUGUUCAGAAACUUACCACAACUGAACAUGAUUGAUAUGAAAUUUAAUUCAAUUUCUUAUUUGCCAACACUUGACUUUACAGGAACAGCUCAGUCUCAAUUUUUUUCCUUUUUAAUAUCUGAAAAUCCAAUUUAUGCCAUAAAACCUGAUUUUUGUAACACUUUCAAUUCAAGAUCAGCUUUUGAGGACAUCUUUGAUGUUCAAUAUGUUAGGUGUCUUUCAGGUGAUCCUACAACGGUAACGAUAACGAAAUCAAAUUGUCAAGGUUCAAUGGCAAUUCCUCUUCAAAAAUGCUAUUCCAAUUGGACAUCAACAAUGUCUACAUCCGUAACAUGUGCACCAGCAUGUUCACAGAGUCUAUUGGGCAACACUAUUUUAGUCUAUUAA